AUGGCAGGCAUCGGGUUGACUAUUUAUGAGAUAAUCUCAUUAGUACCAUUCUGGUUCAUUGCAGUGUGGGCAACAGCACUGACUCUCACAUUCGCCCUCUUUCGAGCCUACAAAGAUCCUCUCUCCAAGAUCCCAGGACCAAUUUUCUCGCGAUGGACCGGCAUGGUCGAAACCUCAUACUAUGUCCGCGGGCAUCGUCACGACUAUGUCCAUAGUCUUCAUCAAAAAUACGGGCCCAUUGUUCGCUACGCUCCUGGUCACGUCGAUGUCUCCGACAUUGACGCCGUACGAAUCAUCCACAAAGUCAAUAGAGGAUACCUAAAGUCGGACUGGUACCACUCAUUGGCUCCUCCAGGAGUAGAAACACUCAUGAAUCUCACCGACCCCACUGUCCACACCCGUUGGCGUCGUUUGUUGGGCGGUCCCUUCCAAGACAACUAUCUUCAGAAGCUCGAGCCUGUGGUGGCAGAGAAGAUGGCCAAGGCCCUCUCCAAGAUGGAAGAGGAGCUGGAACAGCGAGGCUGCAUCGAUGUCUUAAAGUGGUGGAUCUAUAUGGCCCUCGACAUCAUCACUGAACUCAGUUACGGUGCCAGUGUCAAUAUCUUGGAGGACGAGGAAGAGAACCGGUAUAUCAUGGACUAUCUGGAGGGUCUCGGUCCUAUCCACGCAGUUCGAACCACGAUGCCCUCUGUUCUCACGUUCGCCAACUGGCUCCAGCUCCCAGUAUUUAAUAAGCUCCUCAACGCCGGACCCCGUGCAGCGGUAUGGGCUACUGAGACGAUAAAGGCAUAUAAAAAGCUACUCACUGAAGAGAACCCCAAGCCGACUCUAUUCACUCCUCUUUUCGACAAAGGUGACAAGGGCUUCACGGAUAUACAGAUUACUCAUCUUGCAGGAUCGAAUAUCACAGCGGGUAGCCAUACCACGGCCACUGUCAUGACCUUUACAAUCUGGGCUAUCUGCAAACAUCCCGAAGUCCGCGAUAAGCUUGUAGCUGAGGUUUCACAAUUACCGGAGGGCUUUAAGCACAACAAUGUGCGCAAUUUGCCGUAUCUCAACUGUGUCAUUCAGGAAUCAGUCCGUCUCUAUGCUGCCGUCCCCUCUGUCUUACCUCGAGCUGUUCCAAAGGGAGGUGUUGAACUCAACGGUUACUUCAUUCCUGAAGGGACGACGAUUUCCACCCAAUGUUACAGUCUUCAUAGAAGAGAGGAUUAUUUCCCAAACGCUCUCCACUUUGAUCCCGAGCGCUGGGUAAACCCAACCAAGGAGAUGGAAGAGGCAUACAUGGGCUUUGGUGCUGGUACACGAUCCUGCGUCGGGACUAACCUUGCCCACACGGAACUGCGGCUCGGGGCGACCCAUUUCUUCCGGAAGUUCCCCAAAGCCACGGUUUCGACGAAAGAGGGAAUGAACGAUGAUGACAUGAGACAGAGGGCUUGGGUUUUUAUGUCUCCGGUCGGCCAUAGGUGCUUGAUUGAUGCUUGA